CUUAGUUCAGUGACGAUUUUUAUUAUGUGUUUUACUGUUUUGAUGUUUUAUGGUAUAAGGAGUUGAAUAUGCAGUGUCUUAUGGGCUGGUUUGAAUAUUUAAAUAUCUUAUUUAUGCAUGAUUUGAUUUUCUGAUGCAGUUGUUUGUUCGACAUUCAAUGAAAACAAAGUUGAUUGGUGGUUUGAAUGGAAUUUUAACUGAGGAGAAGAAGGGUAUUAUUUCACAAAAUCCAUUUAAAUGGAUUUUAGAACUAAAGGAUGACAUUAAGAUUGGUAGGAAUAUACUGAGCGAUUUAUUAGAAAGGUGGGAUGAUGAGAGGGGUGGUUUUUGUUUUGGAGGAAAAUUUGUGGAAUUAAAGGAAAUAAAUGUUACUUUAAGUUUAGGGUUGGGUUUAGAUGGUNAGCAGAUUAACUUGAAAGAGAAAAGACUUGGAAAAAGUGAUUGUCGGAAUCACUUUGCAAAAGCAAACGGAAAAUAUGAUUUGCAAGUUAUAUAUGACUUUAUAUUGAAGAAACAGAAGAAGUUGGCUUCAUUAGAUGUUUGUAGGCUAUACAUUUUGGUUGGAAUUUCUGAGAUAUUGUUAUCUAAUCGUACUAAAACAGUAUUCCCAAUUUUAUUUGAAAUAGUUGAUAAAAUAAAUGAUUUGGGUAGGUUUUGUUGGGGUCGUAUUGUUUACCAAUAUCUACUUCGUAGUUUUACCAAAGCUUGUACAGCUUGGAAUGAAGGAAAAGGUGCAAGGACUGUGUAUGUCGAAGGUUGUGUGUACGUGUUGCAGGUUUGGUUUUGUGAUCGUUUUGUUCCUUCUAAUAAUUUAGUACAUAAAAAUCCAAGAAUUUUGUAUUGGAUUGAUGUCAAUGUAGGUGACAAUUUCAUAAAAUCUGCUAUGGAGAGGGGUGUGGUAUGUAUUAAGUGGUUUUAUUAACAUAUUUGAUUUAAUGAUUUAAUUUAUACAAUGAUGGUUUUGAUGAAUUUGCAUACGCUUGAUGACUAUGGUCCAUCAAUGAGAGAAAUAAGGCAGCCAUUUGUGAAAGCAACCAAUGAAAAACAGAAGAAAGAUAUUGAUGAUGGUUUAGAUGCUAUUCUAGAGGAACAAGAAAUUGAAAUUAAAGCACUUGAAGCAGAAUUGGCUGCAUUGAAGACUGAGUUGGUUGAGGAGAAAGAAGAAUAUUAUGGUGGUUAUAGUACCCCAUGUAACCAAAUUUCUGGACAAGUCGAUGGAAGUGGAUGGUCCCAGCUGUAGAUGGCAAGGAAAUGGAGCACUUCCAAUAUAAUUAUCCAGAACAACACCAAGAGUGUUUCCCAUCUUCCUAUUAUAUACAGAAUAGAAACGCAGCACAGCAACACCACCACAACUCAACACCAGGAUUGAAAUGGAUUUGUACGUAGUUCAAGGGUUGAACCUGGAAUUGAUAUAGAGAAAUAUGGUGUGCAAAUAUAGGAGGAUGUAGGGCAUGUAUGUGCAGUUACUAAACAAAUAACAAUGGUUGAAUAAGCUUGGUUAGGUUUUCUCUGGUUUGCCUGGAGACGAUGUUAUCAUGCCAAAGUUCUAUAUAUAUAUAUAUAUAUAUAUAUAUAUAUAUAGAUGAACACAAUGCAGUAUAAUCUUUGAACUGGGAAGCGUUAUUCUUCCGCUUAUUAAUUUCAUCA